CCCGGCGCUAUUUAGCACACGGACACUAACAGGCAGCGAUCACUCGGCUGCGUCUCACUUCCGCUCCUCUAAUCCCUCCCGAGCGGGUCGUCGUCGAGUAGCAUGAAAAACAUGUUGACCAUUAUCUCCAACGCGCUCUGCAGGAUCGCUGGCAGGAACGUGGGAGCCCAAACAGUGUCCGAGUUGCUGCUCGACCUGUCAGAGUACGUCAAUGUAACGUCGCCGCCGGCAACGCCCGCCUCGGCGCAGUCACCGCGGCAACCACCCAAACCACCGCCGCCACCAGUGUGUGCCCCGUUAGAUAGAGACCAGGCAGACAGCGCAGGGGGUCGAGUCGCGGUGUCCCGCUCCUUCGCCGACUUCAACUCUACGGCGACCUUUGACAUCAAGAAAUGCGACGCGCACCGCCUGGAGGAGGGCCCCCCGCUGAGGGCGGAGCUGACCCGGGACCAGGGCCUGCAGUAUUACCGCGUCAUGCAGACGGUGAGGCGCAUGGAGCUGAAAGCUGAUCAGCUGUACAAGCAGAAGAUCAUCAGAGGCUUCUGCCACCUGUACGACGGACAGGAAGCGUGCGCGGUCGGCAUCGAGGCCGCCAUCAACCCCACGGAUCACCUGAUCACCGCCUACCGCGCCCACGGCUACACCUUCACCCGCGGCAUCUCCGUCAAGCAGAUCCUGGCCGAGCUCACGGGGCGUAGAGGGGGCGUGGCCAAAGGAAAGGGCGGCUCGAUGCACAUGUACGCGCCUCAUUUCUACGGAGGAAAUGGGAUCGUUGGAGCACAAGUGCCUCUCGGCGCCGGCAUCGCUCUGGCCUGCCAGUACCAAGGCAACAACCAGGUGUGCGUCACGCUCUACGGAGACGGGGCGGCCAAUCAGGGCCAGCUGUUUGAGUCCUUCAACAUGGCCGCCCUCUGGAAGCUGCCGUGCAUCUUCAUCUGCGAGAACAACAAGUACGGCAUGGGCACGUCGGUGGAGAGGGCUUCAGCCAGCACCGACUACUACAAGAGGGGGGACUACAUACCGGGCCUCAGGGUGGACGGGAUGGACGUCCUGUGCGUCCGAGAGGCCACCAGGUUCGCUGCAGAGCACUGCCGCUCUGGAAAGGGCCCCAUUAUAAUGGAGCUGCAGACUUACCGUUACCAUGGACACAGCAUGAGUGACCCGGGCGUCAGUUACCGCACGCGGGACGAGAUCCAGGAAGUGCGCUCUAAGAGCGACCCCAUCACCAUGCUGAAGGAGCGCAUGCUCAGCAACAACAUGGCCUCAGUGGAGGAGUUCAAGGAGAUCGACGUGGCGAUCCGUAAGGAGGUGGAGGAGGCGGCUCAGUACGCCACCUCCGACCCGGAGCCGCCGCUGGACGAGCUGUGCAACCACAUCUUCAGCAACGACUCGCCGCUGGAGGUCAGGGGCGUCGACCCGUGGGCGAAGCUCAAGUCCGUCAGCUAGAGACCUUUAACGAGAGAUGACGUUCUGCACCCCCCCCCCCCCUCCACCUGUAGACGAUUCCGCACCUUAACUGGACGUUGGCCUAAAACCUCAGUGUUAUUUAUUUAUAGUUUUAUAUAGAAAAGUAUUUAUUUGUUGUCAUGGAGCCACGGCGAGCUGCCGUCUCAAAGUACUUAAUAAAUAUAUUUAUAAUGUUUCAGGGCUGCUCAUCAUGCGCACAACAACUUUUCCAACAGUCUGUCUGGGUUUUAAAUUCCUCCUUUUAGUAGAAGGAUGUCGAGCAACUUUUAAAUGUUGUGAUUGUGCUCCAUGAAACGUCUUUUCCUUUCCAGCAGUAACUUAACACAACUUUCUACUUCACUCCAUGUCUGCACUUUUCACUUUGAUAAUAGUGUUAUCAAUAAAUCCCUUGAUGCAUACUAUCAACCCUAUAAAUACAAUGAAUGGUGUGUACCUGUAUUUAUUGAGUUGAAUAAACCACAAGAGUUUCUGAUCAUUUACACUGUUGAUCAGUGUACUUUCAGUAAUUGUAUCAUUCCGAAAUAUCUCAUUCUAAACUUUAAUUCUUGUUUGUUGAUCCGAGUG